CCAGAGUGUGUGCUGUGUCGCCGUGCCCACUCUGAGCCGGAUGUCUACGGGCAGACGUGCCAGGAGGACGGCCUCUGCGCACAUGAGUUUUAUCCUGCCAAGGGGCUUUUCCAGAGAGGCACCGACGGAGAGGGAUUCUGCCGGUUCCUCCCUGGGGAUAUCAGGCGGGUAGUGAAGCGGGCAGCUCGGAAGUCGCAGUUCUUUGGGGAGUACAGGUCGUUGUGCUGGGAGCAUCGCCCAGAGCAGACAGUGGAGACGCACCAGGAUGGGGACACCACGUGCAUCAUCUGCAUGGAGCCUGUGGAGGACAGGACCUCCUACAGCACCAUGGUGUGCCCCUUCUGCAAGCACGCCUGGUUCCACCGUGGCUGCAUCCAGGGACAAGCUCUGCGGUCUGGCUUCAGCAACUUCAGGUGCCCGCAGUGCAAAGACGGGGACAGUUUCCCAGCAGAGAUGUUGCGCUUGGGUAUCCGAAUCCCCAUCAGAAGGCUGGCUCGUGAGGAGGAGGAGGAGGAGGAGAACUUUGCAGACCUCUUCGAAACGUACAGCCGCUGCGAUGCCAGCCAGUGCCUCUACAGGGGAGGCAGGGAGCAGUCAGAAGAGGAGGGCCCAUGGCAGCUGCUGCUGUGCUCCUCGUGUGCUGCCAGUGGGACCCACCGCCAGUGCUCCUCCGUGCGGGAUGCCACGGGGCUGUGGGAGUGUGACGGCUGUGAAGGCCUGGAGAAGAUGAGGAAGGAGCAGCAAAAAUACAUCUUGCAGGACAAGAGCCUAACAGAAGCAGAAUCCCAGGCCCUGGAGACCAGGGAAAAAGUCUGCAGAAAGGAAGACUUUCCCUUGGUGGAGGACGACUGGGUUAAGGAUCCCUUAAGCAAACUGGACACCCACAAAUCCACGGGCCCUGAUGGGAUACACACCCACGAGUGCUGA